UCCUGGCUCUCAGUCUCAGUAGAGCAGUGCGUAGGAUAAGAGAGUAGCAGGUAGAACGGUGCGUAGGAUAAGGAGAAAGAAAGAUGAAGGGAUACUCUGCUUCUCCUCAUCUCCUCAUAUCUCUGCUUCUCCUCAUCUCCUCCGUUUCCGCUUCCAGAUUCAUACGGUCGGAAAAUGAUACCGUCUUCGAACGAAAUCUUCUCUCCAACGGUCUCGGCCUCACGCCUCCAAUGGGGUGGAAUAGUUGGAAUCACUUUUAUUGUAAGAUUGAAGAGAAGAUAAUUAGAGAAACUGUUGAUGCUUUGGUAUCAUCUGGCCUUGCCAAGCUUGGAUAUCACUAUGUUAAUAUAGAUGAUUGUUGGGCUGAGUUGAAUCGUGACUCGAAGGGUAAUUUGGUCCCUAGAAAGUCGACGUUUCCAUCUGGGAUUAAGGCUCUUGCGGAUUAUGUACAUAGCAAGGGGCUUAAGCUUGGAAUCUAUUCAGAUGCAGGGUAUCAGACAUGUAGUGGGACAAUGCCAGGAUCACUUGGUUAUGAAGAGAAAGAUGCCAUGACCUUUGCUUCAUGGGGAAUUGAUUAUUUGAAGUAUGAUAAUUGCAACAACGAUGAUUCUAAGCCGACAGUUCGGUAUCCUGUAAUGACUCGAGCACUAAUGAAGGCGGGCCGCCCAAUCUUUUUCUCUCUCUGCGAAUGGGGGGAUUUGCACCCGGCUCUGUGGGGCUUUAAAGUUGGAAAUAGUUGGAGGACUACCAAUGACAUUUCUGAUAACUGGCAGAGCAUGGUCUCAAGAGCUGACAUGAAUGAAGUGUACGCCGAUCUCGCACGGCCUGGUGGUUGGAAUGAUCCAGACAUGCUUGAAAUAGGAAAUGGAGGGAUGACAAAUGAUGAGUACAUAGCCCACUUCAGCUUAUGGGCCAUUUCCAAGGCUCCCCUCCUAAUCGGAUGUGAUGUACGGAACAUGACUAAGGAAACAAUGGCAAUCAUUGGCAACAAGGAAGUCAUUGAGAUUAACCAAGAUCCUCUUGGCAUUCAAGCGAAGAAGGUUAGGAUGAUAGGAGAUUGUGAGAUUUGGGCUGGACCCCUCUCGGGCUAUAGGUUUGUCGUCCUUAUACUAAAUCGGUCUAAAGAUUGGACAUACGACAUCAUAGCUCACUUUGAUGACAUUGGUCUCCCACCAGGGACGGUGGUCAAAGCAAGAGAUCUCUGGAAGCACGAGACAUUGAAGGAGAGAUAUGAGAAUCAAUUGACGGCCAUAGUUCGUCCACACUCAUGCAGGGUGUUCGUGUUGACGCCGAUAUCUUAGGAAGUCUUAUCAAUGCCAUUUUUCUUAGGAAAUUGAUUAAAUGCCUAGACCAUAAAAAUGGUCUACAUGUGGACCUGGUUUAGUGAUGUGUGCCGUUAGUGCAUAGGGUCUGUUUUUGAUAGGCCACUCUAUUAGAUUAUGUGUGUCCUAUCAAACUUGUUACACAAAUGCUUCUAUAUAAAUGUAAUUCAUUAGAUUUUAUUUCUAA